AUGGACACCAUUGAUACAUCUGAACCUGAGAACCCAGAUAUAUUUCACGAUUUAACUACAAAGGAAAUUCAACGUAUUCAAUCUAUUCAAUGGCCACCUGGUGUUAUUAUCUUUGCUAUGGAUUUAAUUAUACCCUCGAAAAACGAAAGUUUAGCUUAUCUUUCUGGUAAAGGAGUUAAACCUCCUCGUCAAGCACGAUUAAUUGUAUAUAGGCUCGACAAACAACCAAUGGUUAUAGAAGAACACUCUGUAGAUUUAAGCCAGAAGAAUUUGACUACGGAGUUGAUACAAUAUCCAAACAGGAGAAAUCCCGUGGAAAUAUCUUCUAGACCAACUAGUCUGUUCGAUGUCAGAGAAGUGCUCAAGUUGGUUCAAUCUGAAAUAGGUGAUAUUAUACAAGAAAGUUACGAUGCCAAUAUAACCGACUGUAACAGUCACAAUAAUGAGAAAUGCUUGUUGCCUAUUCCCAUUGCUGUUACCACUUCAUAUCUUGGAGAGUUAAAGAGUGCGGAGUGGGUAUGGUUUUCCUACAUAGUAGAUUUUGUAACUCUGUAUCCAAUAGAUUUAAUGUUCUACGUUACGUUUGAGACAACUUAUCCAUUUGCUUUUACUGUUGAAAAGGUUAGUUAUGGUGGCCAAAUGUUCAACUCUUUGUCGGAAUUCAAAACAGCUUACGAAUCUGGAGCAGUGAUGAAAUCUAAAUUUUCUUUCCCAGACGUAAAAAAUGAGUCCUUCUCGACUUUGAACAGGCGGGGUCCAGAUCCCCAACCAUUCCCAACCAAACCACGUCCACACAUUGUUGAACCAGAGGGACCACGAUACACCAUCAAACAUAGACAUAUAGAAUAUCAUGAUUGGAAGUUUGAAGUGCGAAUGUCUAUGUUUCAAGGACCACAAAUCUUGGAUGUGAAGUACCUUGGAGAAAGGAUUGCAUAUGAAAUUGGGAUGCAAGAAAUAGUAGCAUAUUAUUAUGGAGAUUCGGGGGUAUUAAGAGUAUCUAAACUGGUGGAUGGGGCGUUGUUAUUAGGAGUUAGUUCAGGUGUGUUAACACCAGGCUUAGAUUGUCCAGAAACUGCAACUUACUUAAACACACCUAUGACUGAAGGUGGACCAAAACGGAAUUUGUGUGUUUUCGAAUUAGAUUCGGGAAUACCAUUAAGACGUCAUGCUGGAAAAGGCCUUGUGGAUAGUUACUUAGUUGUUCGGUCAGUCAUUGUUAUUUUCAAUUACGACUAUAUUGUGGAUUUUAUUUUCCAUCAAAGUGGAAUAUUAGAAACCAGGGUUGCCAGUACUGGAUACAUUCUAUCUGCUGUAUAUUCAGAUAAAGAAAGGGAAUAUGGUUUCCAUCUACACGAUGCUAUAUUUGGACCUAUUCAUCAUCACCUCUUUCAUUUUAAAGUAGACAUAGAUAUUCUGGGUACAUCUAAUCGCUAUGGGACACUUGAUUUUAAAACUGUUAACGUAUCCAAUGCGGACUGGUUAACAGCUGAUAGUUAUCAAACUCAAAUCAAAUUCGAACAUAAUCUCAAACAAACUGAACUGGAAGCUGCUUAUGAAUUUAAUUUUGACACACCAAAAGAGCAUAUUUUCUAUAAUGAGGAUAAGAAAAAUAGGUUUAACGUAUCCCGUGCCUAUAAAGUACAAAUAACUGGUAUGUCAAAACAGUUACUACCAGAAGGUACGCCUGGGGAAGAUGCUGUUGCGUGGUCGCGGCACCAGUUGGAUGUAACAAAGUUUAAAGAUGAAGAAUACACAAGCACCUCUUUAUAUGCAUCGUUUGAUGGCCACGAUCCUGUGGUUGAUUUCUCUAAAUAUUUCGCCGAUGAUGAAAAUAUAGUGGAUGAGGAUAUAGUGGCAUGGGUAUCUUUAGGAAUCAUCCAUCUACCAACUACUGAAGAUCUGCCCUUAACUCAAACACCAGGAAAACAGUUAGCCUUUAUUUUAGCUCCACACAAUUAUUUUGAGGAAGAUCCUUCCGUGUCCUCCUAUGAUCAGGUAUAA